AUGAAGUUGGCUUUUACCCUGCUUGUGCUCGCCCUAGCACCCACUGCCACAGUCAGUGCGCCACUCCAGCAGCGCUCCCGAACACUAUUGAAGCAGUUUACUUCGCUCGUGGUCUUCGGCGAUAGCUACACCGAUAACGGUGUCCGAUCAUACAAGCCGCCAGUUGCAGCUGAGUCAGUCAAGGCAAGCACCGGAGGUCGUGUAUGGCCGAGUUACAUACGCCAAUACACUGGCGCGAACGUCUACAACUACGCCUGGUCAGGUGCGGUUUGCGAUGCCGUAAUCGCAAACACGGUUCGCAACGGCGUGAAGCAGAACCAAAUUCCUACCUUUCUGGAGGAUAAUGGCUAUGUGAGCAAUACAACCGGACAGCCUGCGUUAGUCAACCCGCCAGAUGAAACCGUCUACGCCAUCUGGAUUGGCACCAACGACAUCGGCUACGGAGGCUUUCUCACCGAAGUACAGCCAGCGGGAAUGCCCCUGACAUAUAUGACCGACUGUGUCUACGCACAGCUUGAUCGGCUAUACGCGAUAGGUGCGCGAGUCUUUGUGCUUAUGAACAUGACGCCAUUAGACUUGACGCCGUUGUAUGCUCUUCCGCAGAAUGGCGGCUCAGUUACCGCGCAGUAUUGGACCGAUAAAGCUGCCUAUGAUUCCAAUAUCACUCGAUCCAGCGAGAAGAUGCGCCAGUAUGUGACAAUGGUCAAUGCGGUGUAUGACUAUCAAACACCGUAUGAUGUCGUCGUCGCAGAUCGAUACCCUCUUAGCAGAUUUGCUGUUUAUGAUGUGCAUGCCUUGAUGACUGAUAUGUGGGCAAAUCCCUCGCACUAUUUGAACGGCACUGCACCAUACAACAUCACCAGCUCUGUCUACCGUUGUGGAAGCCCCUGCGCAUCUAAUGCUGUUCGAGACAGCUACCUGUGGUAUGAUGAUCUUCAUCCAUCGGAGCAGACUGACCGCAUCAUUGCGCGUGAGUUUGUCAACAUCGUCAAGGGCGAAAGCGAAUACAAGGAAUAUAUCCCCCAAUCGUACCGCGCACAGGCCCGCGAAGGGGUGAUCCGGCUCCUUCAGAAUCGACAUGCUGAACUUGAAUAUCACCGCGGGGGGCUACCAGAAUGCUAUGAACGACUUACGGCAGGUGUCUAUCACGGGAUUCGGGGACGGCAUAAGGGCAAUUCUGCCAUCAAUCUGGACGAUUUCGAUGUCGAGCUCUUUGUGGCUCAUGUUGAGGAGUGGCGCAGGAACCUGCCAGUGAUACAAGAACAAUUCCUGGAGAAUUUCAGCAAUGGGAAAAUAUACCCAUUCAGAACCAAUCUGCACGAGCUACAGAACCUCAGCCACGCGUAUUAG